AUGACCAGUCUACAAACAAGACAGCUUGACGCGCUGUACUACACCACCUAUCUGUCGGCAGGACGAAUCCCAGUGACCACGGAAACAGGUGUCAAGACGGAAGACCUGACCCGUUGGCAAUUCCCUAUCAUAAAGCUCUUCUGGACUAUCCUCUGGUCCGUCAAGGCUAGCUUCAUGGCCGUGUUUUACCGUCUUGUCAAACCAUUUACUGUACGCCGGCGCCUUUGGUACUGUGUGGCUGUCUUUGCUUUUCUGGCAUACAUUGGCUGUUGGCUGGCAAGCGCUUUAACCUGCAGCCCUCCAUCCGAUUACUUCAAAGCUGGAAAGUGCAACACGCCGCAUGAAGUCUGGAUGCAGACCUUCAACGUCAUUUACUCCACCACCGUCGACAUCGCUUCUGAUCUGAUGAUAAUGGUGCUGCCAAUAACAGUCUUGCCAUCUCUACAGCUGGAUAAAAAGAAAAAAGUCGGGCUAGGCUUAGCUUUUAGUCUCGCCAUCAUCAUCAUAUGUGUUGCCAUCGUGCGUAUGACCCAGGUCAUACAGGGGAAAACUGUCGACCUCGUGGGACUCGCCAUCUGGGGUGCGGUCGAAACAGCUACAGCCGUCGUCGUCGGCUCUUUGCCACCUCUCAAGGCUCUUCUCACACGAGGAGUCAAGAAAUAUCACUCCAGUCAGAAAAAAACUACACAGCGAUACGGCGGCCAAAAGAGCCAGCCUGGUGCUAUGAGCAGCUACGGGCCAAACACAACGUCGAGAUCAGUCAUGGUCACGGAGUCAAUACCGCUAGACGAUUUGCACAGAAGCGGCCAGAUGGACGGACGGGUUUACGUUCAAAAAACUUACGAGACACAUGUCGAGCAAGAUUAUUCAUCAAGGGAGGAUAACGAUGAGGUGGCCAUUGUCAAGGGACAGGCAAAGGCGUGGGCAGCAUGA